CAGCCAGAACGUUCCCUUGAGUCUGGGGACACACACUGGGCCCAUUAAACUCCUCCGCAGCUGGAAGGAGCCUCUUGUUUGUUUAAGGGUCUCCCGGAGGUGACUGAUUCGCCGUAACUCGACAAUGAGAUUCGUUCGGACGGCGGUGCCGGUGAUUCUGAUGGUCAGUCUGUGCCUGGACAGCUGUGGGGCCAGACGGUCUGCUGACCUGUUCUGUGGAGCCUGCCGAGCCCUGGUUGACGAAUUAGACUGGGAGAUCUCUCGGGUGGAUCCCACGAAGGUGAUCGAGACCGGAUCCUACUUCCUGGACGAGGAUGGGAAUCCCGUGGCCACUACGAUUCCCUACGCCCGGUCGGAGCUGUUCCUAAUUGAGCUGCUGGAAGGGGUGUGUGGACACAUGAAGGAAUACGGUGAAUACACUGACCCAGACACACACCGACACAGUUACGUGCGAGUGUUAACCCGAGAUGGAGUUAGGACUGACCCCCCUCACACUCAGUUCACUGAGGACAUUACCUCCAGGUUAAAACAAGCAUGUGAGAAACUGGCCGAGGAGUACGAGGAGGAAUUCCUGGAAUUUUUCUCCCAUGAGUCCAGCAACGUGAAGGACCGACUAUGCAGCAAGCGAACAGAUCUGUGUGACCACCCACUCCACACCCACCACGAUGAACUCUGAAGACCCGGACUCCCUCUCGCUGUUUCCCCCCCCCACCAGAGGAGAGUGAAUUGGGGGGGGGGGGUUUGGAAAUCGCUAAGUUGUGUUGUCCCGGGGUAAGGUCCAACCCCUUACACGGGGAGGGGAAGUGGGAAUAAAGGACACACUCUUGACUCUCGGGACCAACCCCCUCGAUCGAAAACUCUCUUUAAAACAAGGAAGCACCUCCCCCACCCCAUUCUAACAAGACGGACCCCCUCCCCUCCUCCCACUCAGGAAGCUCCCGUCCUAACGCUGACAUUUCUCAGCUCCUUCGCUCUGUUGGCUUUGCUGAUCUGUCCCUCGCGUCCACGAAUAAAUGGGAAUCAAGUACUGUGAGUCUGUGUGAGAUUAAAGAUGCCACCACCCACCCCCCCACCCACCCCUGUGCCUGGUGACCCACCUCUCGGCUACUGGAGUGAGGAAACCUAGGGGCAGGAGUUAACGGAAGGGUCCCCACCACCCAUCGCCCAUCGCCAGCUCCCGUCCCUCCAAUGCUCCCUGGACCUGCUACGUUUUGCCCAGCUCCACACACUUGUUAAUCGUGAUCCUGCAGCAUCUGCCAUCCUCACCCUCCCUGGAUCCUGGCAGGGGGGACGUGUUGCUGAACACAGAGACCUUGGAGUGCAGGUUCAUAGCUCCUUGAAAGUGGAGUCGCAGGUAGAUAGGAUAGUGAAGGCAGCGUUUGGUAUGCUUUCCUUUAUUGGUCAGAGUAUUGAGUAGAGGAGUUGGGAGUUCCUGAUGAAGGGCUCUGGCCCGAAACGUCGAAUUUCCUGUUCCUUGGAUGCUGCCUGACCUGCUGUGCUUUAACCAGCAACACAUUUUCAGCUCAGAUCUCCAGCAUCUGCAGACCUCACUUUUAACUAGAGGAGUCGGGAGGUCAUGUUGCUGCUGUACAGGACAUUGGUUAGGCCACUGUUGGAAUAUUGCGUGCAAUUCUGGUCUCCUUCCUAUCGGAAAGAUGUUAUGAAACUUGAAAGGGUUCAGAAAAGAUUUACAAGGAUGUUGGAGCCACAGGGAGAGGCUGAACAGGCUGGGGCUGUUUUCCCUGGAGCGUCAGAGGCUGAGGGGUGACCGUAUAGAGGUUUAUAAAAUCAUGAGGGGCAUGGAUAGGGUAAAUAGACAAAGUCUUUUCCCAGAGGUUGGGGAGUCCAGAACUAGAGGGGCAUAGGUUUAGGGUGAGAGGGGAAAAGACAUAUAAAAUUGACCAGAAUCCUACUGCAUGGAAACAGACCCUUCGGCCCAUCCAGUAUGAUCCGAUCCCAAACCCAAAAUUAAGUCGUCCCACUCCUGACCCACGUCCUUCCAAACCUUUCCCUAUCCAUGUCAAUAGACAAUCGGUGCAGGAGUAGGCCAUUCUGCCCUUCGAGCCUGCACCACCAUUCAAUAUGAUCAUGGCUGAUCAUUCCUAAAUCAGUAUCCUGUUCCUGCCUUAUCUCCAUAACCCUUGAGAGCUCUAUCCAACUCUUUCUUAAAUGAAUCCAGAGACUGGGCCUCCACUGCCUUCUGGGGCAGAGCAUUCCACACACCCACCACUCUCUGGGUGAAGAAGUUUCUCCUCAUCUCUGUCCUAAAUGACCUACCCCGUAUUUUUAAACUGUGUCCUCUGGUUCGGCACUCACCCAUCAGCGGAAACAUGUUUCCUGCCUCCAGAGUGUCCAAUCCUUUAAUAAUCUUAUAUGUCUCCAUCAGAUCCCCCCUCAGUCUUCUAAACUCAAGGGUAUACAAGCCCAGUCGCUCCAGUCUUUCAGUGUAAGGUAAUCCCGCCAUUCCAGGAAUUGACCUCGUGAACCUACGCUGCACUCCCUCAAUAGCCAGGAUAAUGUCCUUAUCCAAAUGUCUGUUAAACGUGGUAACUGUCCCCACACCCCUCCACUAUCUCAGGAAGCUCAUUCCACAUGGAAAGAAUUAUUUUUAAAAAAAAAGAGCCCCUCACUUUUAAUAUGAACCUCUCUCCUCAAGGCCCAAGUCCCCUCGUCUCGAACCCCAGGGAAAACACACCUACCGUUCACCUUAUCCAUGUUCCUCAUGAUUUUAUAAACCUCGACAAGAUCACCCCCCAACCUCGUCUGCUCCUACGUCCUAGCCUCUCCAGCCUUUUCCUGUAACUCAAAUCUCCCCCUCCCCCCCCCUCAUUCUCGGCAACAUCUCGGUAAACCUCUUCUGAACCCCUCUCUGGGUUGAUAAUAUCCCCCCUGGUCAGGGGGUGACCAGAACUGGACGCAGUCAUCCAGACGAGGCCUCACCCACAUCCUCUACGAGCCCAACGCGAAGUCCCCGACUCCCUCCACUCGAAAGGUCUGAGCGAUGAAGGAAAGGGGUGGUGCGAGCGUGUGAACAGGCUGCCAGAGGAAGUGGUGGCGAAGGGUAGAGGGGGGAUAAAGGGGAAAUAGAGAGAGUCUGCUUUAGGGCUACUGUCAAAUACGCCAAAAAAUACCCCCCUCAUUGCAAAGCACAAGGAACCGGGGAUACCGAAACUCUGUUAAAAACAAGAUUUCUGGAGAAACCCAACAGGUUUCUCUUCUCCACUGGGGUGGGCAGAGAGGUAACGUAGACAGGGCAAGAGCUGACCCAUCCCUGGCCAACAACUCUGUCUCACUGGAGCCCCGCAGUGAGACACUCUGCGCAACCUGAAAGAGCGGUGUCUCGUUUACCGCUCGCUGAUCCCGUGACCUUUGCGAUUCCUUCGUUUUAGGGACCACCCCUCCCGGAAUAUCUCCUUAGAGAUGUCUUUUUACCCCCCCUCUCACCACCCCCAGGUGCUGACAUGGUAUGGGUUGGUCUCGGCUCAUUUUCAUCAGCAGCUUAUCCCCCCCACCCCUUUUCCUAUCUCCACCCCCCAAUAAUGUUAUAGGAUCCAGGAACAGAAAUCAGGCCAUUUGGUCCCUGUCGGGUCUGCUGCACCACUCGAUAUUAGAACAAUACAACAGAACAGGCCCUUCGGCCCUCGAUGUUGCGCUGACCUUCCAUCCUACUCUGAGCUCAGACUAACCUCCAUCCCACUAUCACCCAUGGGCCUGUCCAAGAGUCGCUUAAGUGUCCCUAAUGUCUCAGACUCUAGUCCCCACCCCACUGGCAGUGCAUUCCACCCACCCACCCACUGACACCUCCCUCAGACAUCUCCCCGAAACCCCCCUCCAAUCACCUUUGAUAACACCCCCUCGUGACAGCCAUUCCCACCCUGGCUAUCCACUCUCUCUCUCUCUAUGCCGAGAUCUGUACACGAUGAUGAGAGGCAGUCUUUCUCAACCCCCAUUCUCCCUCUGAAACCCUGACUAAUCAGGAGCCUAUCGAUCUCCCUCUCACAGACCCUCGAUGACGCGCCCUCCCCACAGCCCCUCGAUAGCAGGGAGUCCCACAGCCCUCUCCACCCUCCGGCUGAAGAAACUCCCCCUUGCUCUCCAUCCUGAAGGGUCGUUCUGAGGCUGCGCUCUCGGAUCCCGGUCCCUGGAAACACCUUCCCCACGCCCCCUCCAUCCUGGCCCCUCGGUAUUCUGUACGUGUCAGUCAGAUCUCCUUCUCAUCCCCACAGCCCCCAGAGUCCAGAACCGCUCCUCCCAUGACCCCACCCUUCAUCCACGGGAUCUAUCUCCUGAAUCUCCCCUGGACCCCACCCUCACCCCCCUCCCUCCUAGCUGCUCCGUCUGCCGAAAAAUAAAAAACCUUUGUCAA